UUGAGCCGAUCGGCAGUCAGGUGAACCACUCAGAGGGAUAUGCCUGUGUCUGAGAUGGCCAGAGGCUGUACCUGGCUGUAGAAUGCAAGCGCUGCUUGGAUGAACAGCCUCAGGACAAGAUCCACAUCCACUGCACACGCUGGGACGUUCGCUGAAAGUUGUUUGGAUUCUUUCUGCUCCUGUACACAACCCACUGAACCAUGACUCACAUGGCUUUGGAGAUGACUGAGAGUCUGGAGGAGCGCUGUAACCGGAUUCUCCGGGAUAUGGAGGGCUCCCUUACAGCCCGGGAUCGUGUGGGGCUCCAGGAUUUUGUUUUACUGGAAGCCUACACCAGUGAAAGUGCCUUCUUGGAAAACUUGAGGAAACGCUUCCACGAGAACCUAAUAUACACGUACAUUGGCACUCUUCUAGUGUCAGUCAACCCCUACAAAGAGCUUGGAAUCUACACCAAGAAGCAGAUGGAUAUUUACAUGGGUGUCAACUUGUUUGAGCUACCGCCACACAUCUAUGCCCUGGCAGACAACGUCUAUCGCACAAUGCUAACAGAGAGCAACAACCACUUCAUCCUGAUCUCAGGAGAGAGUGGAGCUGGAAAGACAGAGGCCUCCAAGAAGAUCCUGCAGUUCUAUGCUGUUAGCUGCCCCAGUACCAAACUGAUGGACAAUGUUCGGGACCGCCUGCUGCUGUCCAACCCGGUGCUUGAGGCUUUUGGAAAUGCCAAAACCCUGAAGAACGACAACUCCAGCCGCUUUGGGAAGUACAUGGACAUCCAGUUCGACCACGUGGGGGGAGCAGUUGGUGGUCACAUCCUCAGCUAUCUACUGGAGAAGUCUCGGGUGGUGCACCAAAACCAUGGUGAGAGGAACUUCCACAUCUUCUACCAGCUGGUGGAGGGAGGGGAGGAGGACCUUCUACGAUGGCUGGGUCUCCAGAGGAACUGUCAGCAAUACAGUUACCUGGUACAGGUGGGAGAGGGGGAAUGUGCCAAAGUCAGCUCAAUCAACGACAAGACUGACUGGAAGACAGUACGGAAAGCCCUCACUGUCAUUGAGUUCAGUGAGAGCAAUGUAGAGAGCCUUUUUGCAAUCAUUGCUAGCGUGCUUCACCUUGGGAAUGUGAAGUUUAUAGCUGACUCACGCGGAUAUGCCACUCUCAACAGCAGCCCAGAGAUUCAUUGGCUGUCCAAGUUGCUAGGCAUUCCUACACAGGUAAUACAAGUGGGUUUGACUCACAGGAAGAUUGCUGCCAGGUCAGAGGAGGUGCUCAGUCCCUUCACCAUUGACCAUGCAGUGUAUGCCAGGGACGCUCUAGCCAAAGCCAUCUAUGGCCGGACCUUCACCUGGCUGGUCAACAUGCUCAAUGAGUCUUUGGCCAACAAGGACUCCUCCAGGAAGACAGUGAUUGGGCUGCUCGACAUCUAUGGAUUUGAAGUGUUCAAUGUGAACAGCUUUGAACAGUUUUGCAUCAACUACUGUAACGAGAAACUGCAGCAGCUCUUUAUCCAGCUGACCCUGAAGUCAGAGCAGGAGGAAUAUGAAAUGGAAGGCAUUGAAUGGGAACCAGUGCCGUAUUUCAACAACAAGAUCAUAUGUGACUUGGUGGAGGAGAAAUUCAAAGGCAUUAUUGCAGUGCUAGAUGAGGAGUGUCUACGCCCCGGGGAGGCCACAGACAUGACCUUCCUGGAAAAACUGGAGGAGAAGAUGGCCGGUCACCCCCACUUUAUCACACACAAGCUGGCUGACCAGAAGACCCGGAAGACUCUGGAACGAGGAGAUUUCCGCCUCUUACACUACGCGGGGGAAGUCACAUACUGUGUGGGCGGAUUUCUCGACAAAAAUAAUGAUCUCCUGUACAGGAACAUUAAAGAGGUCAUGCGUCAGUCAAAGAAUGCCAUCGUCCAACUCUGCUUUCCCACCACCGAGCCAGACAGCAAGAAAAGACCAGAAACAGUGGCCACUCAGUUUAAGAGCAGUCUGGUGGGUCUGACUGAGAUCCUCAUGUCUAAAGAGCCCUGGUACGUCCGCUGUAUAAAGCCUAAUGAAGGCAAGCAGCCAGGGAGCUUUGACGACGUGUUGGUGAGACACCAGGUGAAGUAUCUGGGGCUGAUGGAACACCUGAGGGUGAGACGGGCUGGAUUUGCUUACCGCCGGAGAUACCAGAUCUUCCUUCAGAGGUACAAGCCCCUGUGUCCGGAUACCUGGCCUAACUGGAAAGGUACAGCUGCGGAGGGAGUGCAGUGUCUGGUAAAGCACCUGGGCUUCAAGCCUGAUGAGUACAAGAUGGGCAGGACCAAGAUCUUCAUACGCCACCCCAGGACUUUGUUUGCCACCGAAGAUGCCUUUGAAGUCUGCAAGCAUGAGCUGGCUACAAGGAUCCAGGCUAAGUACAAAGGCUACAGAGUUAAGGGACACUACAUGAGACAACGUGAAGCAGCAACAACUAUUGAGACAUGCUGGAGAGGCUUGAAAGCCAGGAGAGAAAGGCAGAAGAGAGCUUGGGCAGUCAAAGUGAUCAAGAAGUUCAUUAAGGGCUUCAUGACCAGAAAUCAACCAGUCAGUGUUGACAAUUCAGAGUACCUGGACUAUGUCAGGCAGAAUUACCUAACACGGCUCAAGGAAAGUCUACCCAAAACCGUUCUGGACCAGAACACCUGGCUAACCCCUCCUCCUAUUAUGAAGGAGGCCUCAGAGAUGUUGAGGAAACUCUACACCCGAUACAUGGUACGGAAGUACAUACAAGGAAUGACAACAGAACGUAAAGCCCAGUUGCAAAUCAAAGGACUGACCAGUUCCUUGUUUAAAGGAAGAAAGGAGAACUACCCUCAUAGUGUCAGCAGACCAUUUGUGGACACCAGGAUUAGUGAGGAAGACAUCCACAUUAAAGUCUAUCAGAUGAUUCGGCAGGAACACAUUAAGUACAGUGUUCCUGUGGUGAAGUAUGACAGGAAUGGUUUCAGGCCUCGUUUCAGACAGCUGAUAUACACAGGAACUGCUGCCUACCUGGUGGAGGAGGCCAAGAUCAAACAGCGGGUGCAGUUCAAUCAACUCAAAGGUGUCUCAGUCAGCAACCUCAGUGACAACUUCUUUAUCCUCCAUAUCCAAAGUGAAGACAUCAAGCAAAAGGGGGACCUGGUGCUGCAGUGCGACCACAUAUUUGAGGCCUUGACCAAGUUGUGUUUGGUGGCCAACAAGGAGAACUGUAUCAACGUAGUCCAGGGAAGCAUUAAGUUUGACAUCCAGCCUGGCAGAGAGGGGUUUGUUGACUUCAAGAGUGGCCAGGAGACCAUGAUUUACAGAGCAAAGAACGGCCAUCUGAUGGUGGAAUCUACUCGAACAAAGUCCCGGCCUAUGAUCACAAACUGAACUGCAUCCCUUGCACUCAUCCUCAAAUAAAAGGCCCGGGAUAAUAAUCCAGUUCAACAAGGGUUUAGGCAUCGAAGACCAACCUGAGUGUUCUCUAUAAGGAGUGGACAUAAUGAGCAAUCUAAAGGGCAUUCUGCCACCUAUUAUAAACAUUGGAAAUAUCAACAAAUGGUUCAAUCUAACAUUAUGUUAAUAGGCUCUGUGCACAAGCGUAUGGACGAACUUCCGCUUUAGCCGGAUGUUGGCAUAUCCGGUUUAAUUAAGGCGAUCACCCGCGUCGCCCAAAAUUUCUGUUUUUUGUAGAUUUCACCAAGACCUGCCUAA